GCACCAUGCAAUCUCGAUCUCACUAUCCCAUCUUCGUUAAAAAGUUUAAAAUUAUAUUCAGAAAAGAAUUUCUAUAUAUAUCUUCUUCCUGUUUUCAGGAAAAGAUUAUUUAGAAAGCUUCAAAUGGGUUUCUUUCCACAUGAGAAAACAUCAAAUUCAAGAAGAUAUGUAGGGAUAUGGUUUACAAUGGACCCAAACAUCGUUUUGUGGGUUGAUAAGCCGCUACUUGAUAAAAGUGGAUCAGUUCUUACGCUUUCAGAAGAAGCUAAGUCAAGGAAUCUCUUUACAAGCUCUACUACAGCCAAACACUCCCUUCAUUUAGUAAUCUCGGUUCCACAAUUUGAAAGACGGUUUUCAUUCAUGCACUUGACAAAGUGGGUUAAAGAAUCUCAGCAGGGUAACCUUCCUGGAGGAAAACUAGUUGCAGUGAAGAGAAAAACGAACAAAGGAUUCUAUCGAUACAAGCCUUUUAGGACAAGCACGGAGUUUAUGGAUGGAAGAUGAGCCAUUGGAGUUGAUGGAUCAAAUACUAAUGGAAUCAAUGCAAUCCAAAUGAAGUGUUGAAGUGUAUUAUUGUUGGACACCUUGUACAAGGACAACCUACAUGGAAAACAUGUUUUUGAUGCUUAAAGGUGAAAUUGCCACCCUCCCUCAAGAAGAACCACCUUUCAUUUCAGGAAGAAGCACAUGCUACUUCUUCAUCUAGCUUGUCUAAACCAGACACCCAAAGCAAAAAACACUGAAUUAAUUAGAUGGACGCUAACAAUGUAUAUAUGUUAACUACAAAUUGGAUUUAUCAAAGUUUAUGUGGCUACUAACGAUAUCAAGAGUUGUUGGAAAUAUGCCCUUCAACCAAUAGGUUGAAGGUUGAAGUCUAUUUAGGACAAAUGUGUAGAUUAAAAGGUAUGUGAGUUAGUCAUUAAACGAAGAGUUGGAUUUGGGUUUAUUAAAUUAUUCGCACGUUUAAGAAAAUCCUAUUGCGAUCCUCGACAAAUGUUUCUUU